UAAGGGCAACGAGGGUCGAAUCUACGAGUUAGUCGUACGUCACUUCCUUGCCUGCCUUUCUGCCGAUGCUCGCGGGGCUGAGACGACCAUCCGACUAGUUUUGGGCACAAAAUCGCCAUCUGCUUCAACAAUUUCUCCUAUAUCUUUGUCUUCUCCCCACUUAAUUCCGACAAUCCCAUCUGGACUCAACGGUAGGGAAAAUUGUAACCCUGAUUCAGGCGGAGAAAUGUUCACAGCGCACGGUCUGGUCGUGCUUGAGGCCAAUUAUCUCGAAGUUUACAUAUACGAGAGCUGGACAGAGCGCUUUAUGCCGAAUUUUACUCAGUAUGAGGAGGUCACUCCUACCUCGAUAGAGGCAACUCCCCUUAAUCUCAUGUAUUCCGCUUUUUUUCAGAUGGUGACUAGUGAGACACGUCCGCCACCAUUGCUGACUGAAGCUGAUCUCAUCGCUUUAAUGGAUAAACACGGAAUCGGGACAGAUGCAACACAUGCUGAACAUAUUGAGACUAUCAAGCAACGCCUCUAUGCUGGUCUGCAAGGUGAUAAAUUCAUCAUUCCAGGUCAACUGGGAAUGGGUCUAGUUGAGGCGGUUAUCUCAAGUUUCAUGAUAGAGAGCGACGAUAUAUUGACUCGUGACUAA